AUGGCUUUGAAAUUGAAUGCAGUCAACUUGCAAUCCCAAAAAUUCCCUUCAUUUGCUCUCCCACCUAUGGCCAGCCACAGAUCUCCCAAAUUUUUCAUGGCUUCUACUCUUCGCUCUGGCUCCAAGGAGGUUGAGACUCUCAAGAAGCCUUUUAGUCCACGUGAAGUUCACGUUCAAGUAACACAUUCUAUGCCACCUCAAAAGAUUGAGAUCUUUAAAGCGACGGAGGACUGGGCCAAAGAAAACAUAUUAGUUCACCUGAAGCCAGUCGAAAAAUGCUGGCAACCGCAGGAUUUCCUGCCAGAUCCUGCUUCUGAUGAAUUUCAUGAUCAUGUCAAGGAACUACGGGAGAGAGCCAAGGAACUUCCUGACGAUUAUUUUGUCGUUCUAGUUGGUGAUAUGAUCACAGAAGAAGCCCUUCCAACGUACCAGACAAUGCUUAAUACAUUGGAUGGGGUGCGAGAUGAAACGGGGGCUAGUCUUACUCCCUGGGCAAUUUGGACUAGAGCUUGGACUGCUGAAGAGAACAGGCAUGGAGACCUUCUAAACAAAUAUCUCUAUCUAUCGGGACGAGUAGACAUGAGACAAAUUGAGAAGACAAUCCAGUACUUGAUAGGGUCGGGAAUGGAUCCUCGGACAGAAAACAAUCCUUACCUUGGAUUUAUCUAUACAUCAUUCCAAGAAAGGGCAACUUUCAUUUCUCAUGGUAACACAGCAAGACACGCGAAGGACCAUGGUGACGUGAAGCUGGCUCAAAUCUGUGGUACAAUUGCUGCGGACGAGAGGCGUCAUGAAAUUGCAUACACCAAAAUAGUUGAAAAGCUGUUUGAGAUCGACCCUGAUGGAACAGUGCUGGCUUUUGCUGACAUGAUGAGGAAGAAAAUCUCAAUGCCAGCCCACUUGAUGUAUGAUGGACGUGAUGAUAAUCUUUUUGAUCACUUUUCAGCCGUUGCUCAGCGGCUUGGCGUCUACACGGCUAGAGACUAUGCCGACAUUCUAGAGCAUUUGGUCGAAAGAUGGAACGUGACAAAGCUAACCGGACUAUCUUCAGAAGGGCAAAAGGCUCAGGAUUACGUCUGUGGAUUGCCUCCAAGAAUCAGACGGUUAGAGGAGAGGGCUCAAGGGCGGGCCAAGCAAGGACCAAGAAUUCCAUUUAGCUGGAUAUACGAUCGAGAGCUCUUCAUAAAUAGAGGCACCUGUAGCUACGACGUUUUAGUGAAUGGUCUAUGGAGGUUGGUUCACGGAUUGGCUAGUUCAUGGUAUACCCGUGGAUUGGCUAGUUCCUAUUUGGAAGAUACUUUCGUCGAUUUUUCCGUCGGCGGCGGCGUUUUCUUGCCCCCUGAACCUAACCUGAAUUCGGAUCCGAUUACAACCCAGAAUUCAAAAAAUCCCAAGGAUUCAUCAUGUUUGCCUCCUUUACAGACUAUAUUUCCACAACCCACUCGCCUCAUUGCCAUUGGGGACCUCCAUGGAGACCUUUCUAAGGCCAAACAGGCGUUAAGGCUUUCGGGUCUCAUUGACCCGAAUGAUCGGUGGUCGGGUGGGUCGAGUACUGUUGUACAGGUGGGAGAUAUUCUGGACCGGGGUGGGGAUGAGAUUAAGUUGUUGUAUUUUUUUGAGAAACUGAAGAGGGAGGCUGCGAAAGUUGGUGGGAGGGUUAUUACGAUGAAUGGGAAUCAUGAGAUUAUGAAUGUCGAUGGGGAUUUUCGUUUUGUGACGCCUCAUGGACUAAAGGAGUUUGAGAAUUGGGCUAUGUGGCAACAUGUUGGGAAUUUCAUGAAGAAAAUGUGUGGUGGAUUGGAUGAGAAUGUUGUAUUUGAUGAUCCAUUUGAUGGGAUGCCUAUGGAAUUUCGAGGAAUUAAGCCAGAGUUGUUGAAUGGUGUUAGAGCACGAAUGGCUGCGCUGCGACCAAAUGGAUUGAUUGCAAAAAGGUUUUUGUCAAAGAACCAGACAGUUGUUGUUGUUGGGGAUUCUGUAUUUGUCCAUGGAGGGUUAUUGCCGGAGCAUGUGGUUUACGGACUGGAGCGCGUAAAUUUGGAGGUGAGGGAUUGGAUUCUUGGGUUGAAGUUGAAGGUGGCUAAUCAGUUGGUGAGAAGGAGUAACUCUAUUGUUUGGUUGAGAAGCUUUUCGAAUGAGUUGGCUAAGGAUUGUGAUUGUUCGACUCUUGAGCAUGCGCUUGAGACCAUUCCCGGAGUGAAGAGGAUGAUCAUGGGGCAUACGAUUCAGAAACAUGGAAUCAAUGGAGUUUGCAGUAACCGAGCCAUUAGAAUCGAUGUGGGAAUGUCGAGGGGGUGUAAGAAUGGAUUACCGGAGGUUUUGGAGAUCAAUGAUAAAUCUGAGGUCAAGAUUUUAACAUCAAAUCCUCUGUAUUGGAAAGGAUAUGACGCUUCUUUACGUGCUAAUAAAAAAGAUGGGUUUGGUUCAUUGAUCCCUGAACAACGAGCAAACCAAGUAGAAGUGCGUGCUUAA